AUGACUGGUAUUUCUAAUUGGUUCGAAUUUCAGUGGCCUGUUGAAGGAGAAUUUAGUGGUUUUGUACGUGGUAGAGCUCUUCCCAACUUUGGAAUAUGGAAUGAUUUCUCUCUCUCCACUAUUUGUAAAUCAAUGAAAGCUGAACUAAACAGGUUGACAAAGGAUAAUAUCAAAGAAGAGCUAGAAAGAAGAUCUCUAUUUUAUGAUGAAAAAGAAAAUCAGCAAGAGUUAAUUGCAAUUUUGAGAGAAAAUAUUGCAUGUGAGACAAAAAAUAAAAUAGCAGGCAAGAAAGGCAAUUGA